AUGUCGGAUCAUUCGUCACUAGUCGCAACGUUCAAAGAAAAACUGCGACCCAGAUACUAUGGCAAGUCCGGCGGUGCGAACAGUCGUUACAUCAAGGAGAACAUUUAUUUCAACGGUAUAGCCCUGAAGGAGUCGCUGCUGCACGACACCGAGUAUCAGGAGACGCAGACCCAUAAACGCAUGCUGAUCGGCCACAACAACAAGACCGUCGCUUACCCGAAUAACAACAAGUGUCUAGAGCUGGAAAAAGGUUGUUUCAUAUAUCAGAAUCCUGCAAGCCAUUACGACGACAACGAUUUUAUACACAAGUUCACGGACAUGUCUGUGGUUAAUGAACUGGGGGUGGUCAACAGCAAUUACACGCAUUCCUCAGACAACAAAACGUAUAAUCUGAAAAAAAAUGACCGUGAAGAAAUUCGUAAACGCUUAGUAGAUGGUUAUCAUAACACAAGAAAGUCGACAAAAAAAUCAAGUUUAGAAACUAGAUUACAAAACAGUUCUAAUCUACAGCUAUGCUUUAUGAACGAACAAUCUUCAGAUACAGAGUUACCAAUUAAUAAUUGUGACAUCUCAGCUGAAGAUGAGAAGCUAAAAUCUGCUGCUGAACUUAAACAAGGUCUGAAUUUGGCAAAAAACCGAGCACGAGCACAUAUGAUUUCAGAUCAGCGCAAUUGUGUAAUUUCAGCCGUAAUUAAAGAAAGUCUUUCAAAAGUUGGAGUGAAGUUAGACAAUGAUAGAAGACGUGUCAGUAGACAUUUCUUAAUGCGUUUAAACUUGGCACAACUACAAGUUAUUGUUAAUGAUCUGCAUUCUUACAUCGAAUACUUAAACGAAAGCCUUGUGAAUUUAUUACUUGAAAGAGAUGAAUUACACAUGGCGAAGGAUUCAAUGUUGGUUGACAUUGAAGAUUUAAAACACGUUAAUCGCAUGUCAUAUUAG